AUGCCGCAACGUCGGGUGCCCACUGGCCUUGCUCAUAGUUCAUUUGCCUAUUGGUGGGAGCCCAGGUCGUGCUCCGUCUGUGGGCAGGUGAGCGUCGGCGGGUCCUCGUGGGACGUGGGCUCCGAUGGGCGCGGAUCCCUCUCGCCCGCCUCGUCGGCCACGCCCACUUCGGCCUCCGAGACGGACGUGGAGGCGGCGGCUACUGUGGGCGUCACGCAGACCACGCCCUACCAGUGCUCCUUCUGCGACCGCGCCUUCCCCAGGCUCUCCUACCUCAAGCGCCACGAACAGACCCACGCGGACCAGCUGCCGUUUCGCUGCGAGUUCUGCGGGCGUCUGUUCAAGCACAAGCGCUCCCGAGACCGCCAUGUCAAGCUGCACACGGGCGACAAGAAGUACAAGUGCUGCCACUGCGAGGCGGCCUUCUCCAGGAGCGACCACCUGAAGAUCCACAUGAAGACGCACGACACGCAGAAGCCGUACCAGUGCUCGGUGUGCAACCGCGGCUACAACACGGCGGCCGCCCUCACGGCGCACAUGCAGAACCACAAGGCCAAGCUCACCGCCCACGCCCUCAGCCAGCUGCUCAAGGAUGCCCAGGCGCCCUCCGAUGCCCACACGCUCACGCAGCUGCUCAAGGACACCGCGGUGGGCGACACGCACGCGCAGGCGCUCAAUCAUUUCCUGAAGGAUGCGCAGAAGGAGCAGUUGCUGAGCCCGAAGUCGCAGCAGGGUGACUUGGGCGCGGGAUCGUCCCCGGGGGCGCUGCGGGCCUCUCCAGGGGCCGGAGAGGCGUCCCCCGCCCUCUCGCCCGUCGCCGCCGCCCGCUGCCCGGUCUGCCACGCCCACUGCCGGAACCACACGCACCUCCAGCGGCAUCUAACGCGUUACCAUGGCGACGACGUGCCGAUGGCGUCCUCGGAUCGCCCCGCCUCCCGAGGGGGCGGUUCCGGGGCCUCGUCGGUAGGCGGGGCGUCGUCAGCCGCCUCCACGCCCUCUCCGCGGCCGCCGUCGUCGCUGCCGUCGCCGCGGCCGCUGGCCAACCCGCUGCUGUCGCUCGUGGGCGGCAAGCUGGCCUGCCUCUACUGCUCCCGCGACGCCUUCCCGUCGCUGGAGGCGCUGCAGCUGCACCUGCACUCCUCGCACGGCUCGGUGCUGAACGGCGAGAUGCGCGACAUGGCCAGCAUGCUCGGCCUCCCGACGUCGCUGGGCGGCUCCCUGGGCAGCUCCCUGGGCGCGGGCGGCCUUGCAGCAUCUCUGGCCUCGCCACUAGGCCCUGGGUCGUCCAGGGGCGUUAGCUGUGAGCUGUGCGGCGCCCGCGUGGGCGGCGUCACGGCGCUGCAGCGGCACGUGGUGACGGCACACACCUUCACGGACCUGCUGGCGCGGGCGGCCGAGGGCGUGUUCUGCGCGCAGUGCCUACUGCCGUUCAGCAACCCGGGCGCGCUGGCCGAGCACAUCAAGCUGGUGCACGCGGCGCCCGUGCUGUCGGCGGUGCUCAACAAGCGGCCGCCCUCGCCGCCCACCGACACGCCCACGGACCUCAGCAAGAAGUCCCGCCACGAAGGGCUGCCGUCGGACCUGCCCGCCUCCACGCUCCUGUGCAGCCAGUGCAACGCGCCCUUCACCAACUUCGAGGCCUUCCGCAGGCACCUCAAGACCCACCUGGAGGGGGUGGAGGCGGCGGCGACGGCGGGCGGCGGCGCGGCGCAGAUGGCGUGCCCCGAGUGCCGCCUGCCGCUGAGCUCGGAGGCGGCCCUGGAGGCGCACCUGGCCACUCACCUGGGCGCCACGGCCACCGAGUACGGCUGCCAGGCCUGCCUCAAGCUCUUCUCCAAGCCGGACGAGCUGCAGAAGCACCUGAUGGACAUCCACGCGCACCACCUGUACCGCUGCGCCCUCUGCAAGGAGAUGUUCGACUCCAAGGUGUCCAUCCAGGUGCACUUCGCCGUCAAGCACAGCAACGAGUGCAAGGUGCACAAGUGCACGCGCUGCUCGCUCAUCUUCCGGUCGCAGUCGGAGUUCGAGGUGCACAUCCGGGCGAGCCACAUGCGGCGCGGCCUGGGCGUGGGCGAGGCGGUGCCCGGCGGGGGCAGCCUGGGGGGAGCGGGGGGGUCGUACCGCUGCCUGCUGUGCACGCUGAGCCUGAGCUCGGAGGCCGAGCUGGCGGCGCACGUGGCCACGCACCAGCGCCAGUUCCAGUGCACGCUGUGCGACGACGCCUUCCACGUGGAGUUCCUGCUGGACAAGCACAUGCAGACACAGCACAACUCCGAGCUGAACGGCAACGUGCCGCAGCCCGAGAACCUGGUCAAGCCCCGCCGCAGCCCGCACAAGAAGGAGCUCAAGUGCGACAUCUGCGACGCCGAGUUCUCCAGCGACUCGGGGCUCCUGGCGCACCGCAAGCAGGCGCACAACAUCAAGAGCGGGGCCGGCGGCGCGGGCGCCAAGGUGGCGGCGGCGUCGCUCAGCCUCUUCUGCGCCUACUGCAGCGAGGCGUGCAAGUCGCGCAGCGACCUCGAGGCGCACAUGAAGUCGCACCAGGGCUCAGGGGGGCGCCACAAGUGCAACAUCUGCGACGAGCUGUGCCCUUCGGCCGCGCUCCUCGCCCAGCACAAGCUCACGCACGUGAAGGUGGUGAGCGGCAGCGCCUGCGCCGUGUGCCGCGAGCCCCUGACGUCCGAGCAGCAGUUCAGCAGCCACCAGAGCGAGCACCACCCGGCGCCGCUGCCGCAGCCCUGCGUCGUGUGCCGCCAGACACUCGUCACCGACAUGGAGGUGAGCGUGCACGCGCGCUUCCACGCUGCGCAGGCGGCACAGGCUGCCGCCGCCGCGUCCGUGGCCUCCAGCGGCGCCUUCAGCAGCGCGGACCCCGUGCAGGCCGCGUCCCUCGCCUCCAUGAUCACCACCACGGCCUCCAGCGCGGCCGCCACCGCCAGCAGCAACAGCAGCAGCAGCCGCGGCAGCAGCAGUCCGAGACAGUCGCCCUCGCUGCGGUGCCCCGAGUGCCACCUCAAGCUGGAGACCAUGGAGGAGGCGGAGGCGCACGCGGCGGUGCACCAGCAGCAGCAGCAGGGGUAUGGGCGUUCGGUGGCGCCGUCCUCGCGCACCUACCAGUGCAUCAAGUGCCAGGAGAGCUUUGCCUCCGAGGCAGAGAUUGAGGCACACGUGGCAUCGCACCUUCUGCACGAAGGUUCUGUGCAUGAGUGCCACCUGUGCCGUGCCACGUUCGACACGCCCCUGCGCCUCCAGUGCCACCUCAUCGAACACACGUUCGAGGGCUGCGGCAGCUUCACGUGCUACAUGUGCUCGUCCGUGUUCACGACGGCGGCGCGGCUGCAGCAGCACAUGGUGGAGCACGGGCUCAGCGCGCGCCCCUACGACUGCCACCACUGCCACCAGCGCUUCUUCUUCCGCGCGGAGCUCGAGAACCACGUGCUGUCGCACCCCGAGGCGGCGGACGGCAGCUGCCGCGAGUGCGUGGCCAGCUUCCCCGACCUCCCCCGCCGCAGCCUCCGCCGCCCGGCCCUGGCCGCCUUGGGCCCCGCGCAGCACCUGCUGGCGGGCCACGCGGGCCAGGCGCGCCCCGCCUCGCCCUGCUCCGCCUGCGACGGCGACACGGCCGACGGCGCUGCGGCCUCCGCCAACGGGCUGUCGGCCUCCAGCAACGAUGCAAAGGAGAUGUGAGACGCCGGGGCGGCGGUGCCCAGCCCUGGCGCGUGCCCGCUGCUGCUGCGUCUCCGGACGGACCUCUGGUGACGCUUGAGGGCUCAUGGCGGGAGACGCCGACGACGACGACGACGAUGACAAAGACGAAAGGAACGAAGUUUCUUAGCUGUUAUUUAUUAUUUUCUAUUUUAUUUAUUGUCAUUCUGAUUUUCGUAACUCGAUAAGGACUCCUCGAAGUGGUCCUAGUGCUGCACUGUGCGUACACCAAAUAUAUUCGUAGAAGGCUCCAGCCGGAACCCGAAGCGGCGGCGCGAGGCCUCGGCUGCCUUCGGGCGCCGGCUCUCCGUAGGCCGCGCCGCCGCCGCCGCAUGGGGAGAGUGCAACUCCUCCUGAAGAUCCCCAUUUGUCCAGUAUGUGAUAGUUAAAACAAAAAAGUUUAAAAAUGAAUAAAAAAAAUAAGACAAGGAAUUGUUAGGUAU